AGUCGUGACAAUGGCCGAACCCCAUCAUCAACCUCGAGACCAUAUGGUCUUCGAUGACAAAGUCGCGGAGGAGUAUGUGAAACAGCAAAUUGUACUUGAAAACGCUCAACAAGUUCUUGAAUGUGCCAAGCCUUACAUCAAACCUGGCUGCGAGAUCCUCGAUUUCGGAUGCGGCCCUGGGUUUGCGUCCCGCAUGCUUGCAGCUCUGCCGGAGGUGAAGAGUGUGCUCGGGGCAGACGUCUCGGAAGGCAUGCUGGGCCAGUUCAACAAGCUUGCGGCCGAAGAGAAUGAACAAGUGAGGUCGAAGCUGUCCUCCUUGAAAACGUCUGCCAACCCCGUAGAGGAGCUGAAACCGCACGUGGGAUCGAAGGAUCUGGUUGUGAUGGCUUUUGUGGUUGGCCACUUGCAUCCAAGAGAGGCAGGCUAUGAGGUCGUCAAGCUGGCAGCUGCCUGCUUGAAACCUGGUGGUCGCUUCCUCCUCGCCGAACUCAAUGGCGGCGCUCCAUUUCAUGCUGCCGGAGGAGGGCACGGGCAUGGCCAUGAGCACGGGCAUGGCCAUGAGCACGGGCAUGGCCAUGAGCACGGGCAUGGCCAUGAGCACGGGCAUGGCCAUGAGCACGGGCAGGGACAAGAGACAAGCAGCUGUCAUGAGCACGGUCACGGUCACGGUCACGGUCACGGUCACGGUCACGGUCAUGAGCAUGCCCAUGACGAGCACGAGGUUUACUAUGAAGAUCAGUUGCAUGAUUUGCUGGCAAAGGCAGGCAUGAGCGGCAUCAAGACAGAGAAGGGCUACAAAUUCACCAAGAACAAUGUGACAGUUAACUGUGCCGUGAUCAGCGGCGUGCGCGAGUGAAGCGUAACGACCAUCAAAGGUGAUCAUUUUUGAAGGACAUCGAAUCGUCUCCAGCACCAUGCAGUGCCGUUUGCUGGCCGUGACUUGAAACGAGAACUUGAACAUUGAAAUUCUUGUUUGUAAUGAAUGGCAACAUGAAUCCG